UUUCCUCGUACUUGCUGCACCGUGCGGGCCUGCCCGUGUUUGGAACCUGCUGCGCUGCAGCGGGGAUCGAGCGAGACGUACUACGUCAUUUAUAUUUAUAUCUAUAUAUUUUCGUUCAGAAAAUUAAGCAUGUAUGCCAUAGCCUAAAGGAAUUGAAGUCCAUCCAGCGCAGCAAAGAAAGUAUUACAUUGGUCGGGAGGAGCUACUGCAACUCGCCUCCAUCCAGUUUUGAAAGGGGAAGAUCCGUUGAGAGCUCCCAACUUCUAGCGUAUCUCUCGAACUGUUGAGUGAACAGUCAAGUGAACAGAAGGGUAGGAAGAGUUGAAGUAAUCGGGUGACCUAAGACUUCUAUACAAGUAGGAGGAUCUAUCUGGAGUUGUAGGGAAUGGAAGAAGAAUAUGAUAUGUCGGAAGAUACGGCAGUAUCCGAAACCUUGGAAAAUGAGAAUAUUCAAGAAUCCUUGCAAAUCAGGGCUAACUUUUGUCCUCCCAACACCGGAAAUCAUCAAUACAAUUGUAUCAUCGAUAUGAAUACCCCAGAGGGAGCAGAAGGAGGAGGAGAUGGCAAUGGAGAAAUAGAAAUGGAAGUAAGAUUAGGAUUAGGAGGUGAAAAUGAUAGGGGAGAAGCAAAUAAUUCACAUUUGCCCCUCCCCUAUUAUAAGAUUGUUGGCGACAGUGGCGAAAUGAAAUACAUGUGUAGUGUUCCAAAAUACAGGCGUGUAAUUGAGGAAAGAACAUACACCCCUUCAACUUCUGUCUCAAAUGGUUCAUAUCCAACUUUCUCAAUUGGACUAGAUGACCCAUACACCCCUCAAACUGUCUCAAUUGGACCAUGCCAUCAUGAAAAUCCAAAAUUGUCAGAUAUGGAAUCUCAGAAAAGAUUGCUUUUUGAUUCCAUGGAAUGCCACCCUGAUCCCCGCCCAUCCCUAACAGCGGCCAUGAUGGAAUCUGAAGUCGAGGCUAGAAAUAGCUAUUCCACAAAGUUCAAAAAUAUUGAUACGGAUACAUUUUGUAAGAUGAUGCUCAUCGAUGCCUUCUUCAUCAUUCAUACCUUUAUCUAUUUCGACCGUUGGUACAAAAAUCCUAAUGAUCCAGAACUGCAACGCCAACCCAUUUUCAAAACACCUUGGAGGCAACCAAAUAUUUGCGAGGAUUUACUGAUGCUAGAGAAUCAGCUCCCAUUUUUCAUUCUUGUCAAAGUCUAUCAUAUACUGACCAACGAAUCAGCAGAUUGUUUGAAGAAGCUGGCACUGCAGUUCUUCAAACAAGUUGAAUUUGGAAGAGCUGACGGUGGCAAUUCAGAAACAGUAGCAGACGACGACCCCAAACAUUUGCUGGAUUUGUUCCAUAGCAGUUUUGUUGUAGUGGACAAAAGCAAGAAGAUGCAAAAGGGCAAGAAGAAUGAUACAUUAUUGGUGGACGAAAAGCCCGAGAAGAAUAAUACACCGGUGGACGAAAGCAAGUUGCGAAAGCGCAAGAAGAAUGAUACAUUAUUGGUGGACGAAAAGCCCGAGAAGAAUAAUACACCGGUGGACAAAAGCAAGUUGCAAAAGCGCAAGAAGAAUAAUACACCGGUGGACGAAAGCAAGAUGGAGAAUAUUAAUGCAUCCUCAUUGUCGCUGCGGAUUAAAAUGACGACUAGCAAGUGCUGGGUAAGUAGUGCCUCAGAACUCAGUUCACGUGGAGUCACACUCAUCGCAACCAACAAAGGCAACCCACUGGAUAUUCAGUUCAAUCACUACAUAGGACAUUUGAGAGUUCCAACACUUUAUAUCAACGACAGAACUGUCACUGUCCUAAAAAACCUGCUGGCAUACGAGCAAGGGUCGCAUCUACUAAACCCAUAUUUCACUUGCCUAGCAAUCUUCUUCUUCAAUAUUGCAUCCAGUCCUGACGACGUCAAACUUCUGAGGGAGGCAGGCAUUAUCAACCACCAACCAGCAGAUGAUGGAGCCAUCGUUUUUCUUCUGGAUCAACUCAACAAAGCCUCCCAGAAUUGCUUUAAUGUUUGCCUCAUCCAACAUCAUCUUCAACUCAUUCAGACAUACCUUAUAUCUGUUCGAGCCCGGGUUAUCAGUGCGGUCCGCCUCCUCACCCAAAUUCUUGUGUCUAUAAUAGUUACUACCGUAGUAAAUAAUCAUGGAUACGAAAUACAGAAAUUUAAAAUCUAGUAAUAUAAUGUUUGAGACUUACUUUGUGUGUGUUAGUAUUUUGUCUUAGUC